AUGGCUGAAAGGGGCUUUGAUAAACGCACGCCACCCCCCCUGGCGCACGCCAGAGGCCGAGGUCACACCGGCUUGUCGGGAGGGGUUCCUCCCGGCGAGCUGGUUUCUUUACCAGCUCGUCGGAAGGAUUCCCUUCCGAAGAGCUGUUAUAUGUACCAGCUCGCCGGGAGGAUUCCCUUCCGACGAGCUGGAUUGUGUACCAGCUCGUCGGAAGGAAUUUCUUCCGACGAGCUGGUAUAUGUAUGGAAAGGGACAGCUAUCGGGGCUGUCUUGUGUAGGAGACCCAAUGUUUACGACCUUUUCAAAUUUUUGAAUUCAACUGGACUCGUGGACAUCGUUUCUGCCAAUUCAGCUUUCUUACAUCAAUUCUCUCACCCUGACACGGUUUGGUCAGCUGAAUGUAGUGUCAAGUCAUUGGUUAGCUAUCAUGUGGAGUUCAUAUCACCGCUAGCAACAGUCAAACAUCAAUCAGGUGCCACACCCAAAUUCAUUCGUGCAGAUCUCAAAAUAUGGCCUUCAAAUCCCCUCAUCCGCAAAGCUUGCUAUCUUGUUCAACGCUACAUCAAGCACAAUUCUGCCUUCAAGUCGACCAUCAAUUGCUUAGAUGCAGUCUUGUAUGAAGCUUUAAUAGGAGAAGAAGUGCAACAAGCCAAAAAAAUGGCGAUGAUUCAUCAAAUCCUGAGCCUGAAUUGGGGAGCAUUGUCAACCAAAUUAGUGGGCUGA